GCGCUGACUCUGAACGUGAAGCUUCUGACGGGCGAGGUCCAUUCCGUGGUUUGCUCCCCCAACCAAACCGUCUGGGACCUCAAAACCAAACUGGGUCUCCAGUGCGGGGUCUCCCCCUAUCAGCAGAAGCUGGCUCGCAUGGACGGCGCCUCCCUGGAUCUUCGGGACGGCGCCCCGCUCACCGACUACGACCUCCGCACGGGCGACACCCUCCUGCUGGUGGUGAAGAACGAGGAGUCCAUCCCUCUUCUGGUGAGGAACUCCAACCAGCAAACCUCCACUUACCACGUCCUGCCUUCCAACACGGUGGCGCAGUUCCGAGCCCAGAUCCGCGCCCGGGAGCGAAUCCAAGAUGACCAAUUCUGGCUGGUGUACGGGAGCCAGACCUUGGCGGAUGGGUGCAAGCUCUCCCAGUACAACAUUUGCCCCGGUGGCACCGUGACGCUGAAUCUACGGCUGCGGGGUGGGGCGAGGGUCGCCCCUUGAACCUUCUGGGUUCAAUUUGCUUCCUCCUCCUCCCCAUUUCUAUUUUGUUUGACCCUAUCCUGGCAUCCUGUAGCUCCAUGAAAACUUUUGACCCUUCUUAUAACAGAAUUGUCUUAUGAAGUUUUUCCUGGUUCCUCCUUUCCCUCCGCCCAGCUGUGAAAUGAGAGUUUGACCAAUAAAAACCAAUUUUUUU